AUGGACACGGUCAUUAGUGGGGCACCUGAUGAUAGGUCCGGCACAGGACCCGACACCCUCGGUGAGGUGCAUCUCAGUUCCGGCUCCGCCACCGGCGUCGCCGCUACCGCCGCCAAGCGCUCCCGUGUCCUGCUCUCCUGCGCUGCGUGCCGCGUCUCCAAGCUGAAAUGCGACCGCUCGAGCCCAUGCGGCCAGUGCAUUCGCAAGGGCCGCCCCGAGGCGUGCCAGUAUGCGCCCAAGCCGCAGAGGAGGAAGCCCAACCAGAGCAUGGCCUCACGGCUGAAGCGACUCGAGGGCAUGGUGCGCUCCAUGCUCGAGGACGGGGACGUUGCCGUCGAUCCUUCGCGAGAGCCGGCAGAAGCGGCGCCGCCACCACCUCCAUCCGUAAGGGUUGCGAAGGGCCUGAGAGCUAGCGGGCAGGUGGUGCAUGGCGAGAGGGGGUCAACAUAUAUCGGUGCCACGCACUUUAUGGCUAUGCUUGAGGACAUUGAGGAUCUCAAGAGCUUCUUCGACGAAGAGCAAGACACAUUCGAAGACCGUCUUCCACAACAGAAAUCUCAUGUGUGGGACGAGUACGAGGUUCCUGGUGUCCUACUGUUCUCUAACAGUGACCCCACCUCACCUCGCAGCUUGAACGAAGUGAUUAGUAUCCUGCCUGAUCAUCGCAUUGUCGAUCGGCUUGUGAUGAGAUACUUCGCAUCCAAAUUCCCUUCCCUUUACCUCAUACACCGACCUACAUUUCUCAAACAGUACCGUGAGUUCUGGCUUGACCCCAGUGGCAUCGACUAUCACUGGCUGGCGCAGCUCUUUAUGGUCAUCUGCCUUGCAACACACUUCUCCACGUACACGGCCCCCCACGAGCUCGCGCAAGACUCGCCUGAACCGCCCUUCGAAAAGAUGAAACGUUUCAGGUCCACAGCCGCCUGGUGUCUUGUCAAGGGCAAAUACCACCAGCCAACAGAGCAGACGAUAGCCUCGUUCCUCAUGUACGCCGAAACAGAGUUUUUGCUGAAUCGUAACUCGCAAAUGAACUGCUAUUUGUUAGCAUCCACUGUCAUGAGACUUAUGCUCAAAUUGGGUUUCCAUCGGGAUCCGAGCAAGCUCUCUCAUAUAAGCGCCUUUCAAGGCGAGAUGCGAAGGAGAAUGUGGCAUAUGGGCAUGACAUUGGACCUGCUCGUCUCUUUCCACAUGGGCUUGCCGCCUAUGAUCCAUGGCAUCGACAGCGAUGUAGCGCUGCCACGGAAUGUGCUCGAUCGAGAUUUUGGCCCCGAAAGCACGGAGCUGCCACCGCCACAGCCAAUGACGGACUACACAGACCUGACAUAUCCCCUGUGCAAGAACAAGCUCAUGAUAUGUUUUGGGCAUGUGGCGCGGCUGGCGCACUUGCUGACACCUCCACCUUAUUCAGAGGUCCUGAAACUCGAUGGCAAUAUCCAAGAAGCCUGGGAUGCCGUCCCGGGGUUCAUGCGGGUGCGACCCAUUGAAGAGUCAGUAACAGACCCUGCGACUCAGAUCAUUCAGCGGUUCGGCCUUGCGUCCAUCUAUAACAAGAGUAGAUGUGUGCUCCAUCGUCGGUUUUUGGUCGAAUCCGUUAUGAAGAAAGAGCACGACUACUCCCGGGUCCAGUGUCUGAAUGGUGCUGUAACCAUGUUGGAGCACCAGUACCAUCUAUGGCACAUGUGCCAGCCCGGCAAUAUACUUAACCAGCAUGGGUGGUUCGUAUCCUCCUUGGCGAUACAUGACUUCCUCUUAUCGGCCAUGAUUAUAUUCCUGGUAAUCGACAAUGAAAAGUAUCCGCAAGAAAACAGCGGCUUUGGUUACAAAACUGUGCCAAGCAAGGCAGAACUAGUGAGGCUAUUGCACCGAGCCCAUGGUAUCUGGCGUUUCGUCGCGAGAGAUCUGCCGGCGGUCAAAAAGACGGCUGACAUUGUAGAGACGAUGUUGCGCAAAAUUGGAUCUCCGUCAGGAUUUUCUCCCGAAUAUUAUGAAAACAAUGAGUCAGAACCUUCACCGGAAGGCCACGGCGAUGCGAUCAAUAUUGGUCUGAGCUCUACUUCUUUGUCGGAUCUUUCCAUCCGUGGUAUGGUACCGCAUAUGCCCCCUUGA